AUGCGAAGAAUAGUAUAUCAGUGUCCUGCUGAUAUCAUUCUAGCGCCAUCAGGACGUCCUCUGACCGAUCUUGAGUACGCUGAGUAUGUUAUAUUGGCGGAGAGCAGUACGAAACUUCAACUUGUUGUGAACCUUGUGUCGAAGCUGGCUGCAGCCUGUGGACUAUGUCUACACUCUGACAAAUACAAGCAGAUGUGGAUCUCUUCGAGAUCUCGAACGGGAAUCAGAGUGGACGGACAACCGAUAGAACUCGUCAAUUAG